AUGCAAUACACAUUUGGUUUAAUUAUUCCUGGUGCUUUAGUCACUGCUAUUCUUAAUUCAACUCCUAUUAUUCGUCUUUGUGGUAGUUUACCGGAAUUAGGUUCUUGGUCUAUAGAUAAAGCACCACGACUUAAUCUUCUUACUAAAGAAUUUUAUCGUCCAGUACAAUUAUUAAAUGAGCCACGUUUUUAUCGGUUAGAUAUUAAUUUAUCAAAUGAUAUUCGUGAAUUUGAUUAUAAAUAUGUUCUUAAUGAUGAAAUAUGGGAAGGAAAAAGAGAAGAAUCUCGAGUAUGGUUAAGAGAUGAUUGUAAAAAUUUAGUAGAUCAAGUUUAUUAUACACCUAUUGAUUAUUGGAUUGAUGUUAAAACUGGUGCAACUGAUGAAAAAACACAUACAUCAAAUUUUUAUAAUGAAGUAGUUGCUCAUAAAAUUAUGCAUUAUGGACGUGUUCAUGAUAACUUAUAUGUUGGUAGUUGUCCACGUUUAUUGACACAUAUUGAAAAUGAUUUAGGUCGAACAUUAGGUGUAACAGCUGUGCUUAAUUUACAAGUUGUUAGGGAUAUUGAACGAAAUUGUCAAGGAAUUCUUGGUGAUAGUCAUGUACCAGAACCAAAUAAUGAAUUUGAUUUAGCAAGUGUUGAUAUAUUAAGAAAAGCAUAUGAACAAGCAGGCAUUUUAUUUUUAUGGGUACCAAUUACAGAUUUAUCAUCAACUGGAAGAGAAUUAAUGUCACCACAAGCAACAUUAGUAUUGAAAACAAUAUUAGACAAAGGACAUAAAGUAUAUGUUCACUGUAAUGCUGGUGUUGGUCGAGCAUUUGGUGUUGUUUGUGCUUAUCAUCAUUUUGUUUUGAAUAUUCCAUUACCUAAAGUUCAAUAUGAUUUAGCUCCAACACGUUCAUGUGGUUUUUUUGAUCGUGUAUUUCUUGAAAAUGCACAAAAAAUAUACAAAAAAGCAUUCGAUUAA